AUGUUGGCAUCUACGAAUUAUGUCAAAUUCACCGCAGUCUUCUGCAUCUACGUGGCAUAUGUGCUCUUCAGACGACUGCCGAUCGUCUUCCUAUCACAAAUUCACACGGAAAUUUCGAUAUCAAAUGAUGAUAUAGAGGCCAUAAAUGAGCCGCUCACGUCCGCGGAGUACAGCGAAGCAGGACUAGCUAGUGGAAUCGUGACUCGAAUGAUAAUCCAGCCUCUCGAUGUUCUUAAAAUCCGAUUUCAACUACAGGAAGAGCCUAUCCGUGGCAGAAAGUCCGGAAAGUAUAAGGGUGUAAUGCAAUCAGUAUUUCUGAUCACUCGAGAGGAAGGCGCUCAAGCUUUUUGGAAAGGGCAUAUUCCAGCACAAGGACUGUCGGCAACAUACGGACUCGUUCAGUUCUCCUCAUUCGAAUGGCUCUCCCGACAUGCAGCACGUUUCAUUCCUUCAGAUGAUCAAAGUGUUAGAUCGACUUCGGACUUCAUGUGUGGGGCACUCAGUGGGUGUCUAGCAAUGACAGCGGCGAUGCCAUUAGACGUUAUUCGAACCAGACUAGUGGCUCAAAAAUCUGGACAUGCUGUAUACACUGGAACUAUGCAUGCAGUUAGACAUAUUUGGGAAAAGGAAGGAAUUGCUGGAUACUUUCGUGGCUGGGUCCCGAGUGUUGUCCAGAUUGCUCCAUUUACUGGAAUGCAAUUCGCUCUCUAUAACUGUUUUAUGGAUCUAUGGCCAUUCACAGGAUAUGAGUCAACAGGCGCGUUAUUCAGUGGAGCGAUGGCUGGGACAGUGGCUAAAACUGUACUCUAUCCUCUUGAUAUGGUCCGCCAUCGCUUACAAAUGAACGGAUUCGACCGGGCGGGUUUUGGAAAAACUAGUAACUAUAGUCAAGGACUUUUCAAAACGAUAAUGAUGGUAGUACGAAACGAAAGUAGAAUAGUUUCAAUUCAUGCUGCUGCUUGUACUGUCAGUAAAUUGAUUUUUGGGUCAGCAGCUGAUAGAACAUCAAACUCUCGAUUGUUAAUUGGAGGUGUUCUCUUAUGUUGUACAUCUUCAAUAUGUCUAGCUUUUGCAAAUGCUGUAUGGCAAAUAGAACUAGUAAUGGCAAUGAUAGGUUCUGUCCAAGGAGCAGGAUGGGUACCAGCUACGAAACUGAUAGCAACGUGGUUUGAUGACUCCUCCUAUGCAACAAUGUUUUCACUUCUUGGAUGUGGAAGCACAUUAGCUGGACUGAUCUUACCGUUUUUCAAAAACUUUUACUGGCGAACCAUCGAAUUUAACACUGGAUUCCUUGUUCUCAUUUUCUCUUUUAUCUGUAAAAGGUGGAUAAUAACGGAAGAUGCUAUACGAAAGGAAGUGAAACCAGUCAAGAAAAGUGAAUUGGAAGCAGAAAAGUUAAUUGGAAUCAAAACAAUUGUGAAAAGUACGGUUAUGUGGCAUAUUGCGAGCAUCUACUUCUUCUCCAUGGAGUUAAGAACUAUAUGUGAAACAUGGGUGCCACUGUAUCUGCAAGAGAAGAACUAUUCCCCGGACGGAUUCCAAUUUCUCUAUGAACUGGGUGGUCUAACUGGAAUACUCAUGAGUGGAUUCAUUCUGGACCGAUUGGGAUCAAAGAUAGGAAUAGAUCAAUCGAGAAGACUUCUUGGAGUACUAUUCACUACAGCUAUGAUGAUAGUUGCAGUGGGAGUUUUCAAAUGUGAAGACUACACAUCAAUUCUUGGUUUUUUCAUCGGGUUCUUCGUCAACGGAUCAUUCAAUGUAUGGUGUCUAAUCGGAUCGCAAGCGGGAACGAAGAGUGUCGCAGGAACUGUUUCUGCAUUCAUUAGUUUCAUCGCUUCAAUUGGCUCAAUUUUCGCUGGAUCACCGCUGGCUCAUCUUAUUGACAUCUUCUCAUUCAAUAUGUUUGGAGUUCUUUUCGCCACUCAAAUCAUUCUGGUCCUCUCUAUAUCUAGUCUGCGAAUCCCUCUUAGAAUGGAACCCACUUCCAUCGAAAAAAAAUCAGAUUAA